AUGUUUGAACCUGUGCGCGGCGGCACGCGUGGUGGACAAGCGCAGUUCAAAUGGUCAGACGUGUCUGCGGACAAGGACCGUGAGAACUACCUCGGCCAUAGUAUCAAUGCCCCCACUGGACGGUGGCAGAAGAACAAGGAUGUGCAUUGGUACAACCGUGACGUGAAGGAUACGGAAGCAGAGAGACUGGAAGAAAUACGGAAGAUAAAGGAGGCAGAGGCAGAGGCCUUAUCUAUUGCACUGUCUGUCACUCGACCCUUCACUCUUACUUGA